AUGGACGCGGCGUCCAAGAAAAGAAUUGCGUUUAUCGCGCGGAAAUUCAAAUCGAUGGAAGAGCAUUUGAUAGAGCUAGAUAACGUGCUCAAUGAAGGUAGAUGCAGCAGAAUCAACGUCAAUCUGAGACUCAAGAGAGUAACCGAUCUUUUUUGCGAGUAUGAAAAUUUGCACGAGGAAUUGGUCGAAUUGAACAGCGAUAACGAACUCGUCGGUAAGAUCACGUGGAUCCGGGAUACGUACUACGAUGUAGCUUCUCGUGUUCAAGGCAUGUCGAAUCCGGACGAAACUGUUCAGCAAGCCAUGGGACAGACGACUUUCCUCGAGAAGCAAAGGCUUUUAAAGCUACCGGUAGCCGAACUCCCGAAAUUCGACGGAAGCCAUGACAAAUGGCUCUCAUUUAAAAAUACAUAUCUCACCAUGAUUGACUCACGCUCGGAUAUAGACGAUCUUGUUAAAUUCUUAUAUUUAAAGAACACGUUGCAGGGAGAAGCAUUAAACAAAAUAUCGGUUUACGACACUAGCGCGGCCAAUUACAAAUUAGCGUGGGGUUUGCUCGUUGAAUCGUACGAGAAGAAACGCGUACUCGUGUUAAAACAUUUAGACGCGAUUCUCGACAUUAGACCAUUAUCUAAGGCGACCUCCACCGAACUCGCCAGAUUAAUUGACGACGCGCGACAACACAUAGGAAUGCUGGAAACACUUCAGGCGCCAGUAGACGAAAGAAUGGUCGUUCGAAUUCUUGAGAGAGCGUUACCGCGAGAAACUCGGGAUAAAUGGGAGGAAACAAUAACUCUCGACGAAGUACCGGGUUUAGCACCUUUUUACAAAUUUAUUAGCGAAGCCAUCUUUCGACUUUCCACGCUCGAACAAGACAACACGCGUAGAGAGGCAACGAGCGGCAAACGACGCACGGAUUCUAAGGCCCCGACGGCAAAGGCUCGGCGCGUCGGAUCAGGUGCACGCGCACUCGUCCUUAACGCCACAAGCGCUUGCGUAAAAUGCAAGGGAGACCAUCUUUUGUACAAAUGUCCCGAGUUUGAGACCUUAAACACGCAACAGCGCUGGGACCUCGUGCGGCAGAAUAGGCUUUGCCGAAACUGCCUUCGCGUGCAUAACGGGGCGUGUAAUAGCACGCAUUGCAAAUUUUGCCCAAGGUUUCACCAUUCGCUCCUGCAUCCACCGAGGACAUCAUCGAGGACGGCGAACAAGGCAAAAUCGGCCGCGGGUAUCAGUUCCGAACCGAAUCAGACGAACAACGCGUCGGGAGGCACAAAGCAAACGUGA